GUACUUGUAGAACUAAAUAUAUUAUAAUUUUAUUCCGUAGAAAAGAGGAAGCAAGACUUGAUACACAAAUAACCGGUGUAAGCAAUAGUGGCCCUCAAAACCCUCAGCAACAACAAUUUACGCUUCAUAAAAUAUGUGGCAUGGAGCACUACAUCUUCAGAUCAGGGAAUCCUGUGGCUUGCCGUAUAAAUGGAUACAAAAAUCUUUUCAUUCCACUAAUAUCUUGUUAAAAAGGAAACUUCACAUUGAAGUUAGGCCUGAUAUUCUUUACUCCCAAAAAUAUGGUAUGGCAAUGAAAAGAAAUAUGCAUAGUUUUACAGACUCUCGCAGAAAAUCUAUUUUUAUAUCUCCUUUCAGUUCUUGUUAUGCAUAUACUUAUUUGUUACAGAAAGAAAUUUUAUCUAGAUGUAACCCACCACAUGCUCAGAAUUGUUAUUAUCACAGCUUCUCAGGUAAUUGGAUUUUCACUCAAAGAGGAAUGGAACAUAGUUUUCUCUUAACCUCAUUGCAGUGUUCUCCUAUAAAUAGUGUAUCAAACAGGCAUUUUUCAUUUUCAUGGUUGGAUAGUUUAGCAGUUUCUCAGGCAGGAUGGUUCCAAUCAUUAUCUAAGUCAAGACUUGUGGAAGGCUUGAUGACAAGUUUGCAGGGAAUCCAUGACAAUUUACAUAUCCCAUGGUGGGCUGCUAUACUUCUUUCAACUGUCUUGAUGAGAGGAGUUCUUACCUUCCCUAUAGCUGUUUAUCAGAAUUACAUAGUUUCAAAACUAGAAAAUCUGAAACCAGAAAUGGAUGAAUUGGUUAAAGAACUGAAAAAAGAAACUGCAUAUGCCAUAAGGAAAUUUGGCUGGAAUGAGACACAUGCCCGUCAUAUGUUCAACAGAUCGGCUCGUAAAAUUUGGAAGGAAUUGGUUAUUCGAGAGAAUUGCCAUCCAUUCAAGACCAGUAUAUUGCUGUGGGUACAAAUACCUCUUUGGAUUGCAAUGACCAUGUCUUUCCGUAACAUGGCGUCCAUGAUGCCACAUCAGGAUACAGCUGCCCAGGUCCUGUUCUUGGAGUUAAGUGUAGGAGGGUUUGGAUGGAUACCAAAUUUAACACAAGUGGACCAUUCUCUUAUCCUGCCUAUAGCCAUGGGAGUCCUCAAUCUCAUAAUCAUAGAGGUGAAUGAUGUGAACCGAAUAGGGGAAAAGACAAAACUACAAAAAAUUGCCACCAACAUCUUUCGUGCAUUGAGUGUUGCUAUGAUACCUAUCGCAGCUUCUGUUCCAUCGUGUGUGUCCCUUUACUGGGUUAUUUCGAAUACAUGUGGGCUUGCACAAAACUUGGCCUUGAUGCACCCGGGGCUACGACAGUUGUGUGGCAUACCAUACUCGUCCUCCCAGAGAGCAAAUCCUUAUCAACACUUAUGGCAACAAUUGCAGAAGAAAGUGAUAAAGAAAAGGAAAGAGUAAAUUUUUUGCUCAUCAGUAGAUAUUUUACUUAUGAAUGUAGUAUACCUUUGUAAAACAAAAAUAUAUAUGCUGUACUUUUUAUAAAAUGUUUAACAGGCAAAAUUCUCCUGAACCUCAUGUUAAAUUCUGCACACAAAUAUUUAACCCCUUCAGCACUGCAUGCUGAAGGAGGCAACUAAUUAGGGGUGUUAAAAAAGCAGGAGAAAAAUGCUAAGGGUGGGCACAAAACCAGAGAGGGGAAUUUUAAAUUGGUGCAGUUCAGUUGUGGUCCAGAAAAUUAUGACAGUUUGCAUACUUAAGAUACGUAUUUCAGGACAAUUUGUCAAAUUGUGUUGACCUGUUAAGCAUAAUGUAGAAAUUUUGCAGCAGUACAAGUCACCCCUCCAGGACUAAUGCAGAGUCAUGACCUUCCAAAUUACAACUAAGAAACAUAUGAAUGAAGAAGGGUUAAGAAAUGACUGGGCAGAAUUUAUUUGGAAAUGCAAUAAAGUUAUGAUAAAUCUCAUUUGCCCACUUAGUGAUUUGCCAUCACAAGUCAUUAAAAUACAUUUUCCUGUAUUUAAUCUAUUUUCAUUUCCAAGGCUUAUACAAACUAUCACUACAACUAGUAUUUAUUUCACAUUUUAUUCAUAAUACAUGAAGACAUUAUCAAUAUGAUUGGAAUAAAGUUAGAAGUAAAA